CAAGUGUUUACUUCUAAGUUCUAUCUUCUUUCUUAUUUCUUUGCAUAAUUUCCCACUCAAAAACUAUAUCUACUUCUCUUCUAAGGAAAUUCAAAUAGUAUUACGAUAAACCCUAAACCCCAACGAAACACUUCUUUUAAAGUUUAUCCUUUGCUAUACUCCGCCAUGCUUUAGCUGAGCAUAUAUUUUAAAAACACAAAAAUGGCAUCUUUACCUACAACUUGGCUCUACCAAGAUAGGGUUUUGGUUCCCGGUGAUGGUUUCUCAUUUGGGAAAUUUGGUUUUCAACAUACUCAGGCAUCUUUUCUAGGUUCACUUACGGCAGGUAAGGUCCAAGCCAGUAAUGGGUUAAGCAGUGGUAGGGUUGAAAAGAGGGUGUCUUUACUUUCACCUGUAAAUUGUUCCAAGAAAGAAAGACCUUUUGACCCAUUAUCUGUUGAGCGUCCACCAUAUUCAAGUUAUUAUGAUUCCACAUCCGGGCAGCUUGAACCAGCCUCUGGAGCUCGGGCAAGUAUUCCUGGUGAGGACUAUUGGCCUGAAGGUACAUCCAGCCGAGUUAGGGCUGCUCGGGCUCCUGAACCAAGGGGUAAAACUGAAGGGGCACCAUCAUUUGGGAAAAAUCCUGGAAGUAGACGGAAGAAGUAUAAAACACAGGCGACAGCCUCAUCAGAAAUCACAGAAGCAAGCGAGGAGUUGGGUGAUCUUGUUACACUGGAAAGUGAUUCAGAUGAUCCUUCUGAGGAUCCUAAAGACAUCUUCUCGGAAUUUGUUGUUUACCAAAAUGAACCCGAGGAAGAAACCAACACAGGGUUCGACUUAGACAAGAAACAUGGACGCCCUCAUCCGUUCAUUGACCCAAAAAUAAAGAAAGAGAUAGAGGAACCUAAAUCCAGUGAAGAGCUUUGGUGGAACUGGAGAAAGCCAGAUAAGGAGCAAUGGUCUAGGUGGCAAAGAAGGCGACCUGAUUCUGAGACGGUAUUUGUAAAAGCCAUGGCUGAAACAGGGCAGAUAAAACUUUAUGGAGACCAGCCAACACUCACUGAGACAUCUCUAUAUAGGGCAAGACGGCAUCUAUUCAAGGAGGAGAGGCUACAGAGUGAACAAGAGAGACUGGAAGAAAUAGGUCCUUUGGCAUACUACUCAGAAUGGGUUGAAGGAUGGAAGAGGGACACUUCCAGAGAGGCUGUUCAGAAACAUUUUGAGGAGACUGGUGAAGAUGAGAACACUCAACUGAUAAAUAUGUUCCAGCAUCAAACAGCCAGAGAAUACCGUAUCAUGAUGGGUAGAGAUGUCCGUAUUCGUCGCGAUCCUUUAGCAAUGCGAAUGCGCGAAGAUCAAAUAAAAGCAAUAUGGGGUGGAGAUCCAGUCUACCCAACUGUUAAUUACAUUCAAGGUCCAAAUGAAGUGAUCGAUUACAGGGGUCCGGAGUUUCAUGAGCCAACACCUAACAUGCUGUCUUACCUUAAGGAGCAUGGGAAGAUGAUAUCAAGGGAGGAGCUUGACAUACUUCUGGCAAAAGAGAAAACUGAAGAACUUGAGAUUACCGAUAUGGAUGAAGCUAUGGCUAGAGCUGUUGACAUCGGUGAAAACGACGACGAUGAGGAGGACAGUGAGGCCGAAGCAGAGGAAGAAGUCGAUGAGAAAAUUACACGGAAUUGGAGUGUUCUAAAAACUACUCCCGAGAUCCGCAAAACUAAGGAGAAACCAAAGAAGAAGGAACAGAUGAAUCUGGAGGAGGCUGUAGAUGAUUCUGAAAACUUAACUGAUUUCCUUCUAGACUUUGAACAAGAGGAGUAGUAUUUCGGGGGUUUCACAUCCCAACUUUUCAGUCCAUAUCGUCUCCAAUUCGUCAGUCAAGCAGAAAAUUGAUCCAUUUUUGAACCUGAUGAGCAUAUGUUUGAGAGACAUAAGAUUUUGUACACUCAUAUUUUGACGGCUUUAAAUGUUGUGCAUCAUGUGUGUGUAUGUAUGUACCGAUAUCUGUUAGAAUAAAGAAUUGGUGAAGCCCAUACUUUAUGAAUUAUAUAUUCACAUGCCAAAAAAAAAUAGUUCAUCUUUCAAAAUUA